AUGUCUGCUCCGACCUCUCGCUCUCCCUCGCCGGUCCAAGCACCUCCCGUUCAACAAACACCAGGGCCGCGCGCCGCCGCGCUGCAGAAGCUAUACUCGGACGCCAUAUCGCACACCCUGCGCACAUGCAGCUACUCCAACUUUGCCUCGUCCUUUCCGACUCCGGCCAGUCAUGCGCCUGAUGCCAUGAAACGCCUACACACCGACUUUGUCGAGAAGUUGCACCGCACGUGCAAGCUCAACUUUGAGCAGAUCCUACGCGAUCGCGAAGUUGUCGCGUCGCUGAAUGAUCUGGAUCGUCUGGUCGAGGACGCGAGAAAGAGGAAGAGUGCUGCUGAGCAAGCGACUGGUGGACAGGCUGUACAACCACCGCUCCCUCCUCACACCCUGCCAGCUUCGUCGCUGUAUCUUUCGCAUCUCGGACCGCUUCUAUCCGAACAACAUACUUCUUUAUCGUCGAGAUUGCAGACUGCCCAGUCAGAAAACGCCGAUCUGGCUGACACGGUAUUACAACAGCGAAGGGAAAUCGAGCGAUUGGUUUCGCAGCUGGAAACGACGAUUGCCGAUGUUGAUGCUGCCAAUAAUGCCUUACCUAUUGAUGACAUGGAUGCCUUGACGGAGGAAGCUGUGGCACUGGACAUGGAUCAACGGACUUGA